AUGCUAAACUUGAUCAAUAUUUCAGCUGUGAGAGAAAACAAAGGUCCAACUGAUCCACACAAUGGGGAGACGUUGGGGCUUCUGUUGACCAGACCGGGACCCACCCGAUGGCUAAUUCCUAGCUCCCGAGGCCGGGUCGGACUCGUCUGGCUUCCAGGACGUGUCGGCUACCGCAUAUCCGGAUGCUGGGGCCGGGAAUUUCAACUUACUUCAUCUUCAAUUAGUUUAUCAAUCUUAGAAUCAAUCUUAAUCUUUUAUUUUUCAUUUCGUUUGAAAUCUAAUUCAAGUUGGUCUUUAAUUUAUUUUUUAUCGCUAACUUUAACGCUUUUAAAAUUACCACUUUAUCGACUUAUUCUUAGAUCUCAUCUACAAACUGAUCUCGAUUUGGCUAAUCAUAGAGCUAAUUUGAAUGAUUACUUUCUCUUAGAAAAGUCAAAGAUUACCAAUAAUAAACUUUUACCUGCACCAAGAAUGUUAAUCAUUCAACUUUCAAGUAUGAUCUCAGUGACGAUGCCGAUUUGGUUGAUGAGUUCAUUUUCAAUUGGUUCGACUUGGAUUUUGAUCUUGAUCUUAUCAAUCUUACAAUAUUUGAUCAAAUUACCUAUCAGUUUCAAAACUGUUCAAACCAUGAUCAGUUUGGUUAUGAUUAGGUUGGUUGGAUCGAAUCUGAUUUUGAAUUAUUUAAUUAAAGAUAGUAGAAAAAGGGACAUAAUUGAAGAUGUUAUUGAAGAUGUUAUUGAAGAUAUCAGAGAAAUGGAACAGAUUGAUGAUCUUGCAUUGAUUAAGGAUGCUAGAGAAACAGAAAAGGUUGAUAGCAUAGAUGGAAUCGAAGCUAUCAGCGAAAAAGACAAGAUUGAAGGGAUUGAUGGAAUUGAUUUAAAUCAAGAUCUUCAAGGGAAAACAGAUUAA